CUGUCCUAUGUAAAUAGCAAGCUAUGGUCCUCUGCUUGCUUUGCUCUCAAUAUGGGUUUCCCUUGCUCUUCAUUGUCUGCUGGUAGGCCAUCUCAUUCCCGCAUCAGUCUUCGACCUCAUCGGUCCCCGUCUACCCCCGUCUACCCCCUGUCGUGGCUUCUGAGCGACAAGAACCCGAUAAAAAGCUCGAUCCACUUCAUUUGCUUGGAUAACUGCCAUCCUCCGCAUCGGAAUGUCCCUGGAAAAAAGUGGCACAGUCCCAGAGUCGGGCUUUGAAGCCGGGCCCGAUCCUGAACUGAAGGGAGGCCUCACAGUACCACCAGACGAGAAUAUCAAGCCCGACGCCGCCCCCGAAGCCCCAGAGGGCGGCACAGCGGCAUGGUUGAGCCUGCUCGGCGCUUCAUGUGCCAUGUUUGUGUCAUUUGGCUUUGUCAAUUGCAUUGCUCUGUUCCAAGCCGAGUACGAGACGAACCAGCUCAAGCAGUACAGCAAAUCGACCGUCUCCUGGAUCACUUCUAUGGAAUUCUUCUUCAUGCUCUUCAUGUCUCCCUUGGCCGGCUGGAUGUUCGACAACUAUGGCCCUCGGCCGCCAAUCCUCAUCGGCACGAUCCUCCAUGUCCUCGGCCUCAUGAUGAGCAGCAUCUCCAAAGAAUACUACCAGUUCAUGCUGAGCCAGUCGGUCUGUUCAGGAAUCGGCUCAUCCCUCAUCUUCACCCCGGCCAUGACUGCGCCCAUGACAUACUUCAGGAAGAAGCGAGCCAUUGCAGGCGGACUGACAAUUGCCGGCUCGUCUCUUGGAGGAGUCAUCUUCCCACUUAUGGCUCUCCACCUGAUGCCUCAGGUCGGCUUCGCCUGGGCCAUCCGGAUCUGCGCCUUCCUCAUCCUUUUCCUACUCGUCAUCACCAACAUGACCAUCUCCUCGAACUUGCAGCAUCGGAGAAAACCGUUCCAGAUCUCCAACUUCCUGCGUCCGUUGCUGGAGGCCAACUACAUCAUCAUGUGUCUGGCGAGUUUCUUCUUGUAUUGGGGCAUGUUCGUGCCAUUCAACUACAUUGUCUCGGCUGCUAUGCACUAUGGCAUGAGCCCAAUGGAUGCAUUCAAUCUGAUUCCCAUUUUGAACGGAGCAAGUUUCAUCGGUCGAACCGUGCCCAAUAUACUGGCCGACAAGUAUGGGCGCUUCAACAUAAUGAUCCUCAUGGCCAUCAUGUGCAUCGUCUUCGUUCUCGGCGUGUGGCUUCCGGGCCGCAGCGAUGCCACUUCAAUCGUGUUUGCCGUCUUCUUCGGCAUCGGCUCGGGAGCUUGCAUUGGUCUUGGUCCUGUCCUUAUCAUGAGCAUUUCGCCCAUGCAUGAAGUGGGCUACCGGAUGGGCACCAUCUUCGCCAUUGCCGGUAUUGGCUGCUUGACUGGUCCUCCGAUCGGCGGCGCCAUUGCCGAUGCCACCAAGAACGGUGACUACGACUACGCCUGUGUGUUCAGUGGCCUGAACUACUUCAUCGCACUUGUCUUUAUCAUUUGGCUGCGUGCUAGGCUUGUGGGUUGGAAGGUUGCCGCCAAGGGUUGAGUGCGAGCGCGAUAUGGUUAAGGGGCUCCUCUGGUUGACAUGUUCGUUGUGAGGAUUUGUACCUCGUGAUCCAGCGACAAGGAUAUGUCCCUCACACUGGUGUUACACCUUGAUGGGUUACUACUGCAUUGUAGUAGUUGGAGGGUUGAUACAGGUGGACGCUUAAGUUGUACAACAUUGUAAAGUACCCAGGUAUGCAAGUGGGGCGCUGGUGAAGAAACCUUCUUCCAGAAUCCGUGAUGGAAUUCACUGGGACUCAACAAGUGGGACUGUCCGCCAGGUAGUAAGGUACCUGUAGGUAUUCUACGGGGAAAAGGGCAUCUCGUCUUCCGACGGUCAUCACAUUAUCUUCUGUUCAAGUUGUCCACAAAUCGGAGGAUCGGUCCAAGUGUUCUUCAGAGAUCAAGGAAUCCUCAUGUUAGAACGGUUUGGCUUGGGGAAUAUUGCUACCUACCAGCCGCCGCAUAAAAGCGUCAGUAUACCCGCUAUCCAAAUACUCAACCACCUCAUCCACGAGAUCCCCAGCCUCAUUCAUCGACAAGACGAAAUAGUACUCGUUCUCAUAAGGGCCCGCAUCCGUGUCCGCGUGGCUUUUCAAAUGCAAUACCACUUUGCGCUUCUCGACAUCCACCACGGUCUCCGAGUUGUCCGAGUCGGAGUCGGAGUCGUCAUUGACAAAACUCAACCUAAAACCUCGGUAGACGGGUAAGAGCGGUUCAAUGAAUUGUCUGAACUCGUCGUUGGUUUUGGGCCGUCUCCCUCGCGAGGCGGGGAGUGUGCGGUGAAUACAGCGUGGACUGCGGACUGAUAGAAUGGACUCGGUCGUCCAGGCGUUGUAGGCGUGGAUGAAUCUGGUGCUGGUGUCGAGGAGUUGGGAUCGAGUGGGGGGUGCCAUACCUACAGUUAUCCACGUGCGCGCUCAUUCAAUGAAGCAUCGAAUUGAUACCUACGCCGAGGAAGAAGUUUGGACGAUCUGAAGUUCAUCGUCAUUAUGGAUAAUGCCUGGGUCGCUGACAUAAGUUGAAUGUCGAAAGUGCACCGGACUCGGAAAAUAAUAAACUUGGGCACCGAAGACUGGAACAUGGCGCCGAACACCGCAGCGACGCCUUCAUUUGGAAGAGAUCCAAGUAUUAACCUGAGAACGACACCUGCUGAAGGCCUCAGCUUGAGAUGCUACAGUCCUGUUCCGGUCCACAAUGUCUAGAGAGUCAAUGUAGACCGAAUCUCAUUUGCUGAAAGUCGGGUACAUCGCAAAGUAGGUCAAUCGAUCACUGAAUCAAUCCAUACCCAACACCCAUCCAGACUCCAGCACCCGCCGCGAACAAAGCAGCCCAUCCGGACCCACGCAGCCUCCAGAUCUCAUAGACGUCAACCACACUCAACAAAGAUCCACUCAGGAUCACGGCGCCCAUGGCCCGCGGGUCCUGCUGCCUGUCCAACCCCAACCAGGCCAGUGCUAUGCCGAUGCUGAGGUCUCGGCCGCCCAGAAGAAGCAUUGACGUGGACACGGCCGCGACAUGUUUUUCUCUGGCGGUUGCCAGCGGAAUAUGGCCAGACGUAUCGGCUUCCCGUGUAGGAUUGGAAGAGGUACUAGUCCCAGUGCUGUUGUCGUUGUCAUUGUCGUCAGGAUAGAUGCCGAAACAUUUCGCCGCAAGAGCAGGGCAGCUGAUGCUGAAGGUGCCUAGGGCGAUGUAGCUUGCGGAGACGAAUAGGCCCAGAAGCCGCCAUGUAGAGGGAGACAGGUCCAUUGUGGAAUGGAACCGAUGUUGGUCAGUUUGGGAUACAAUGCAAUGCUAGUGGUCGCUACUAGUAAAUACCAGACAACUUGAACCAAAGGAUGGUCAACGGGAGAUGGUGUCCAAGUUCCUCUACCUCGUUCGCACAAAGGCAGCGUUCUGAUAUCCUUGUUCGGUUCAAAUUGUAAGGUCCAUCUGGGGUUGCAGUUGAAGCUCCCGCUGGAAUGCGAAUACGAAUACGAUGUACCGCACGCCCGUGGCUACCGGUCAGCACCUUGCGUAGGUAUGGUAGGUUGCUACUACUACCUAGGUAGUCUUCGCAGGUUGCCUAUAACAUCUGAAAACAGGAGGAGGAUGGCAUUACGACCGAUUGAAUUUCAUACCUGUCGGUAUAGCUCGGAGAUCGCAUAGCAUGAACGGCAGCCGUCUGCACCAACAACUACACAACUUCACGUGUUGCUCAACUCCACGCUUUGUGGCCAUCUGGCCACCCUCUCCCGCCCCAGGCCUAUCGAGCAAGCAAUUGAAGCGCUCCGAUGCAAGAGCAUUCUGAGAAGACCACAACAUAACGAGCAAUCUUGCAAGCUCAAGUCUCAUGUGUCACACUCACCACGUACCUGACACCAUCUUGCCCCAGGGCACUCACCACGAACUGACUUGCUGCAUCCUCGUCAUAGCUUGAUACCGGCGCCUCAUCGUACUCGCGGUACCAAUCCUGCUUGCGCUCACCACUCACUAAUUCAUGCCUGGCUGCCGCCACCGCCCCCUGCUUUGAAAGGUGAAUACCUCUGAUCUCCGUAUGAACCGAGCCCGAUUUGUCCUGCACUGUCCGCAAGACAUAAAACAAAUUAUCUGUAACUCUGCUAUCGAGUGGUUUUGAGCGGACCCCAAGAGAAUUUGGCGUCGUUUCAAUCUCGACAUCAUGCACUUCGUCGCCUUUCCGGGCAUGCACAAGUACGUUGUCGCCAAACUGCCAUGAGGUGGAUGGAACACCGGUCAACUCAUGCUCGACGUACUCAUUGAACGAGUCUCGGGAGUAACCUUCAUCUUCUAGGCGAUGUAAAGCAGCCGCUUGGGCCGAGUCGAGGUCGGUAUAUGUCGCGCAGACUUCGGUGUGGAUGGACGGCGGAGAUCUGCUCACAAUCGUCCGCUUGACAUGGAAAAGAUCAGGCACAAGCGAUGGCCGGCGCUGCAUGUUAGGAACGACCACAAUAUGGAGACCGUGGGAUGUCAAGAUAGAUCUUUCUCGUCAUGCGACAGUGUCUGUACAUGGAUGAGAAAGGCUGCAAUAUCAUCAGUUCGUCGUACA